AUGCUCAUGAGCAGGCUAGAACAUUGCCAAGAUGAACUGAUAUGGAAGAGACCUUGCAAGUUGCUGGGUGAGGUUCCUGCAGCCAUGACACAGGCUCCUCUCCGGGCUCCUUCCCAGGGGCAAGGGGCCAACGUGCCCCAGUCCAUGCUCCCAGGUACUGAGGAGAUGCAGGCAGCUGUGUGGCAGAAGGUAAUGUUUAUAGAGCUAAGCUUAGUUUAUAGCCAUUUUUCCUGGUUUAAGCUGCAGCUGCAGAAGAAGGAUCAUUUUCAGCUUACUGAGCUGAAGAAGCAAAGAGGGGAAACAACAAUUAGUGAUAAAAAUGGAAUUUACCAGUUUGAACAGGCUUCAAAAUGCAAGGAAAUUCAGGACAAUAUUUUGUCGUCAUUGACCAAGAAAAAAAGAUAUUCAGAAGAUGAUUUUCUUCACUUAGUCACAAAACUGCAAAACUGCACUUGGGUAAAGAGACCGGAAGAGUGUACAAAAUUCAGGUCAGAAUUAGCUUCCUGUUGUGAUGCAGUUCACAAUUUUGUUGCUUCUCAAAACAACACCCCACUGGGAAGUAACAUGAGUUAUGAGGUGGAGAGCAAAAAGACCAUCCUCAUCACAGAGAACAUUUUUAGGAUGCUGCCUGUGUCCUCUCCAUUUUCAGCCUAUCCCUUCAAGAACUGCGCAGUGGUUGGAAAUGGAGGCAUUCUCAAGAAUUCCAGCUGUGGAGCUGAAAUCGAUCGUGCCGACUUUGUGUUUAGGUGUAACCUCCCUCCAACCACAGGAAGCAUGAGCAAAGAUGUUGGCAAUAAAACAAACCUUGUGACUGUUAAUCCAAGCAUCAUAGCUCAGAAAUACAACAAGCUUAAUAAAAAGAAGACAGAAUUUCUGCAGAACAUUGCAGUCUAUGGAGAUGCUUUCCUUUUAUUGCCAGCAUUUUCCUACAGAAGCAACACAGCUACUUCUUUUAAAGUAUAUCAAACUCUGAAAGAGUUCAAAGCAAUGCAGAGGGCAAUAUUUUUUCACCCCACCUACCUGAAGAGUCUUGCCCAGUUUUGGAGAACUAAGGGAGUGAAAGCCUACCGACUGUCAUCUGGUUUUAUGAUCACUAGUGCUGCUAUUGAGCUGUGUGAGAAUGUGAAGAUAUAUGGCUUCUGGCCUUUCUCAAAAUCCACAGAGAAGAUGCCAAUUAGCCACCACUACUACGACAACCAGCUGCCUAAACCGGGUUUUCAUGCAAUGCCCAAAGAGUACAACCAGAUCCUUCAGCUUCAUGGCAAAGGCAUUUUGAAGUUGCAGUUUGGUAAAUGUGAAUCAGAAUAA